AUGGGGCCCCUGCCAUGCUGCAAGCCCCGUAGGCUGCCGCCGGCACCAUUCCGGCCCUUGCCGACAGCUUUCUUCAGCCCUCACAUGCAGCUAUCACUGGCUCCCACUGGCCCUCCGGCCCCUGCCGACAGCUCCCUUUGGCCCCACCGCCGCGCUCUGCCCCCAGCCCUGCUCGUUGUCGUCGGCCUCCCUACGGCCUCCGCCAGCUCCAUGCGCUUCCCAGACCACUACUUCGCUCGUCGGCCGCUGCGCUUCCUGCGGCCUCCUCCACUCGUCGUGUCACCUACCACCCGCCUGCGACCGGGUCGCCGCCCUUUGCUGGCUUCUCCCGCCUGUCGCUGGCUUCUCCCACCCACUGUUGGCUUCUCUCACUACCGCCGGCCUCCUUGCAACCCAACAUCAUCGCCAGCCUCCCUGUCGGAGCUCCCUGCCACCAUGGCCCACACCACCACCCGGCCAGCUCCGCUACCACGGCGCGCUCCGCCGCCCGGCCACCUCGACUACCAAAAAUAG